CAACAUCCACUUCACUUCACAUCGCAUUCACUCGUAUAACGUCCAUAAUUGGAGUGUACAGCUUAGUUUCUCUCAUUCCCGCGGCGUCUGGCGUUUCGCAUACUCCGCACUGGGCGUGUUUUCUGCAUUUCGUCUUUUAGCACAAUAAUGGCCACAGCAAGGACAUCCACACUGCCUCGCUUAGUAUCACGAUGGAGGAGGUCCAACAGGACUGCAUGUCAAAAAUGCUGUUACGCCACUCAGGCCAAUGAUAUCGAGGGCAUGCUGAACCAGAAAACGAAGUGGGAGACGUUUCCGGAUCCCAUCAGAAAACUAGCUAUUUUCGCCGAGCAUGCACGAGCGCACAAUUAUCAAAUCCCGCUCUUGAGCAAAGCGCAGCAGAAAGGUCCCAAUGGCAGCCCAAAAUCAGGAGAUUUCUCCCAAGACAAGGCAUAUCAAAUUACAGCUGCAAUCCGACAGCUUCGCGAGAUGAACGGAGAAAUUUUUGCGGGUCGAAAGAUUGGAUUCACGAAUCAGAGUAUAUGGCAGGAUUAUAUGGUUGAUACGCCGAAUUGGGGCUACAUGUAUCAGCAUACCAUCAUCGAUCUUCCAGAACAUCUCCCCGAGGGGAGGCUGAUAUCCGCUGAUAUCACCCAUCUCAAUGCCAUGGAGCCCAGAUUUGAGCCCGAGAUUGUGUUUGGAUUAAAGAGCGUUCCCCACUCCUCCAUGGACGAUAUGGAGCUUCUCGGCUGUUGCGAUUGGAUGUCUCACGGUGCAGAAAUCGCAACAAGUGUAUUUCCCCACUGGAAAUUUACCGCUGCGGACACAACCGCCGCAUUCGCAAUGCAUGGCUUGUUACUCGUAGGACCGCGAAGGAAACUAGAAGUUCAAGCCGAUCCCGCACUCUUGAGCCAACUGCAAGAUUUCGAGGUGGAAUUACUACGAAAUGGAGAAAAAGUCGACGAGGGAAAAGGGAGUAAUGUGCUCGGAAGCCCGAUCAAUGCUCUGCGAUUCCUAGUCGAACGCUUAGAAAAGGAUGAAUUCAAUGCCCCUCUGCAACCGGGCGAAGUCGUCACGACGGGAACUUUGACCAAGGCAUUUCCGAUCAAACAUGGAGAGCUGUGGUCGACUCGAAUUCAUGGGAUUGAUCUGCCUGGAGUAGAUGUGAAGUUCAAAACUGAAUAGACUUGUUGCUAUUCUCUAGACAUCACGUCGAGGUGCAAUUCACCAAUAAUACGAACAUAAAUGUGUAUAUACAUUGGAGGAGCCUCUUGUAUAUAUGUACAUAUAUUUAAGCUCCACUCAAACCCG